AUGGACAACGUUGGCAAGCCCAAGGAAACCCGAAACGAUGCACUCAGUGGUAAGAUCAUGUUAAUCGCCAUUGUCAUUCUCUUCAUAGUUAUCAUCAUAAUGCUUUGCCUUCACGUCUAUAUCCGCUGGUACCUCGUACGUGCUCGCCGCCGUCAACUCCUCAACCGCCCCCGCCUCAGCCACAGCCACAGCCGCCGCCGUGGCCCGCAGUUCGUCUUCUUCGUGAACCCCGCCACCCUUAUGCUGACCUCCCGCGGCCUCGAUGCCUCCGUAAUCUCCUCCCUCCCCGUCUUCGCCUUCUCCACCAAGACCCACACGGAGGCGGUGGAAUGCGCGGUUUGCUUGUCGGAGUUCAAGGAUGGGGAAACGGGUCGGGUCCUGCCCCGAUGCAACCACAGCUUCCAUAUUGACUGCAUCGACAUGUGGUUCCAGUCUCACUCCACCUGUCCACUUUGCAGGGCACCCGUGAAGCCCCCGCCCGAGACCCGACCCGAAGUAACUGUCACUGUGUGUGAACCGGAAUCGGGUUCGAGUUCUGGGUGUUGCCAGUACGAAGGGGAAGAGCCGAACCGGACUGGACCGGCAGUUUCUUCUUCGUCAUCCUCUACUGGCUUCGGGGAUGAGUCGCAGUCGUCGUCACGGUCGCCGAUGAGUCGCAUGCUGUCGUUUAAGAGAAUUCUCAGCAGAGAGAGGAAAGCAAGAGUUUCUCCGUCUUCGAAUUGUGUCGUUGGGUGCAGCUCCAUGGCCGAGUUAGAUGCAUAG